CGACUGACUCGGAAUGAGUAGGAGUCCUCAGCGGCACUCAGAUCCAGAAUCCGACCGCUAUUGGCCACGAUUCACCAGGAUGAGGUGACCUGAUCGUACAACCACGGAAGGGACAUACCACCACCUCCUCUCCCUCCACCACUUCGGAUCGUAUGAUCCCGUCCGGCCCCUAAGCAAAUACCCAAAACUCACCUAUCUCCAUCAUCUCAUCAUCUCAUCUUCAUCACAUUUCCCUCUCUUUACUUCUAUUCCGAUCUACGGCGACGACCAAAUUACCGACUACGUCUCCAAAUGACCCCCUCUGCCAUUAUCGUCAUCGGGUCCGGCCUUGCCGGCCUAACCACCACCUCGCAACUCCUCACUCACCGCAUCCCCGUUCUUCUGCUCGAACGUUUCCCCAAGCCCGGUGGAAACAGCAUAAAAGCCUCGUCUGGAAUAAACGGAGCCCCGACACGUUUCCAACCCCUCCCCAGCCUUGACAGUAUCGCGACUUUUCAAACCGAUACGAUCAACUCCGCUGGCGGGCCCUAUAUUUCGGCUACAGGUGCGGAGAAGGCUCGACGGGAGAGGCUUAUUGCCACGUUGACGGAACGGUCCGCAGAAGGAAUAUACUGGCUUACAGAUGAGGUAGGAGUGGAGUUGAGCAGGGUGGCGAGAUUAGGAGGACAUAGUGUCGCGAGGACGCAUCGGGGGAGUGGGAAGAAGACGCCUGGGUAUGAUAUUGUGAGCACGUUAUUGGGGAGGGUCAGUGCGGAUGAGUUGUUCCGGAUGGAGACGGAGAGGAGGGUUACGAGGAUUUUAAAGGAAGAGGGGCAGGAAGGGGGACGGGUGGUGGGGGUGGAGUAUGCAGUUGUCAAGGAGGGCAAUCAAACGGUGGUGGAGCAGGCGUAUGGGCCAGUGGUGGUUGCGAGUGGCGGGUUUGCUGGAGAUGCGCGCGGAUUGUUGGCCCAGUAUCGCCCGGAUUUGGCGGGGAUUCCCUCGACGAAUGAGGAACGCGAAGGAACGCAGCCCCUCCUGCAGGAAAUUGGGGCCGCCGUGGUGGAUAUGGAGCAGGUGCAGGUACAUCCCACAGGGUUCGUGGAGGGCGGGGAUGGUGAGGCCAUGGUCAAGAUAUUGGCGGCGGAAGCGUUGCGUGGGGAGGGGGGCAUCUUAGUGCUGGGAGAUGGGAGACGGUUUGUGAAUGAAUUGGAGACAAGGGAGAAGGUGACCGGGGAGGUGAUGGAACGGGCGGAAAAACUGCCCACCAAGGCGAGGCAGUGGGAUGUGAAGCUGGUGCUUGAUGAGGGGGCCGCGGCGGCGUUGGAAUCGCAUCUGGGGUUUUAUAUGUGGAAGGGGCUGAUCCGCAAGACGACGGUGGGUGAGCUCGGAGAAGAGAUGGCGGCGUUGGAGGGGACGCUGCGGGAGUAUGUGGAUGUCGUGUCGGGGAAGAAGAAGGAUGAGUUUGGGCGGGAGUCGUUUGGAAACUGGACCAUCACGGAAGUGAAGCCAGAGUCGGUGGUGUAUGUGGGCAAGGUGACGCCGGUGGUGCACUUCACGAUGGGAGGGGUGGUGAUCAACGAGCUCAGCCAGGUGCUGGAUGCCCAGGGGCGGCCGAUUCCGGGUCUCUGGGCGGCGGGCGAGAUCACCGGAGGCCUUCAUGGCCAGAAUCGGUUGGGAGGAUCGUCACUCCUCGAGUGUGUCGUCUUCGGCCGCAUCGCCGGAGAUGAAGCCGCCGCAUUCUAUAAGGGCCUAGCACCUUCUGCGCAGUGAUGUCUAGUGGGUCUGCACAUCAUUCUUGCUUGUUGUUUCCACUCUGUAGUAAGCUGCCGGUGCAGUGGUCUGCAGUGUUAUGGUGAUCAAUUUGUCCUAAAAGGAUUGUCAUCAUGAGGCUACUGUGUUAUCCAGGAUUGUCCUUGUUUUAAAUGCGCCUCCUUGCCUUAAGACGAUGAUGAUAGACGUUGAACAUCCUUUUAUUAGAUCCAGGCACAGAUAUGGGACAUCAAAUUGCAUCGGCACUUAUGUGUGAAGUCUAAACGAUAU